AUGCCACUCCUAGAAAAUAUUGGAAGAGUUGAUAGAGUGUUCAUACCAAUUACAGAUGAGAACCACCAUACGCUGCUUGUCUUUGACACCGGUGCAGCAAAAUGGACACACUUCAACUCAUUCAGGGGGACAUCAGAACAAACUCUCCAAUAUUAUCACAAGAAGGCAAUUGUUUUGGUUGAGACAACAAAUAUAUUCCUCUGUCUUCUUAAGGAAUGUGCUGCAGUAUCACUGAAAACAAAACUCGUCCAAAUUCCUGAUUUUGAUGCCAAGAAGCCGAGAGGGCUUAAUGAAGCUUCAGCUAGAAUGAUAACAAAAAUACUUGCCAGCAACGAACUUACACCAGAAUAUGCUCAGACAAUGAAGUAUCUGAUUUGUCAUGAUACUACUAACUUCAAGCUGACUGAGAACAGAGAAUGUCCCCAACAAGCAAACAAUUCGUAA